UGUACUCUGUGAAUCCUAUGUAUGUCCAGAACAAAAUGAGCAAGUGCUCUAACAGUUAUUGAAGAUUUACUGGGUGUAGAUGGAUUUUGCUUCCAGAAUAAACAAUGACAAAUCAAGAAUUUAUUGUACUAUAUACUCAUCAAAAGAUGAAGAAAUCAAAAGUGUGGCAAGAUGGAAUACUGAAGAUCAGUUUCUCAAGAAAUAAAGCAACUUUAUAUGAUGACAAAGGACAGUGCUUGGAGAGUUUAUUUCUUAAACAGUGUGAGAUGAAACCUGGAGAUGACUUAGAGACUGAUCGAUAUUUAAUCACCAUUGAAGAUGUAAAAAAUGUUGAAAACAUCUCUAACAAUUUAGAAGUUAAAAUGGAAAUACCCAUGUUGAAGGUACAAGGAUUGAAACCUUCUAACAAGCCAAAACCAUGUCUACGUACUGGUUUAAAAAGAAAGUUUAUUGGAUUCCAAGGACCACGUCAAAUACCAAAGAAAAUGGCCACCACAGAAAAUGAUGAAUCAGCUACAUCUCUUCUAUUUAAGGAAUCUUAUCCUACUUUAUCUUCUCUGUUCUCUUGCACACCUCCAUUAUUUUCUACUAUUGGAAAGAACAAUAAGGACACUGUUAUGCCAUCUGACUGUAACAGUAUCAUUGAUUACAAGAAUGGCAACACCACUGAUGAGUCUAUCUCCUUACUUUUUUCGUCUAUCCCUUCUAGCGAAAAGAGUUUCUAUGAAGAUGAUUGUUUUUUUCUCAAUUCUGUAAGGAGGAAAUCAGACUCUUCAUUGGAUAAUGAGUACAUGAAAGAAGAUAGUCUGAUAACCAAAGACUCAGACAUUUCACAGAACAGCAGGAGCAAAGAAAAGAUUUUAGCACUUCUAAAGUCCAAAUCAACUCCAACUUUGGAAGCUAUAGAAUGUUUUCCUCCUGGAAAGUUAACAGAAGAAAUAAAAGAUUGCCUUAAAUCACAAUCCAGAAUAGGAAGGGAAGAGAAAAUGGAAAAGAAUACCACAAAAAUUAUACCUCAUGAGCUUCAUUUAGAGAAUGAUGUAAGAAAAUUAAACCAAUGGGAUAUUUAUUUACCAAAGAAUUUAUCUAUAAAUUCUUCUGAUGUAAGUAAUACCAAAGGAAAAUCUAAGGAUGACAACUUAGAUUUAGAUUUGAAAGGUCCUUUUGAACAAAAAAUGUAUCUCUUUGCAGCUGAUUCUGAAAAAAAGGUUGAGUAUAUCACAGAUAAUCAAAUAUGUAAUGAUGACCAAACCAACUGUAAUCAGAAAAUAAAUUUUCAGGUAUCUUCAUCCUGUCAAAGUGAGUUGGGAGAAGGCUUACCAGUUUUUUAUAGCAAUAAUGAACACCAUUACUUAUCAAAGUCCAAGAGUGAAAUGCUAUUCAGCAAUGAUUAUCCAAAAUGCUUAAAAGAAUCUGUUUUCACUAGAAAAAAUACACAGGAACUAAAUAAAACUAAUGUGCCAAAAAGAGAAAGUCACCAAAAGCUUUCUUUUCAGCUAGAAAAGCAAUGUCCACAUCUACAAAAAGAUUCUUCUUGCAUAAAUAAUAGUUUAGCCAUAUCUGAAAAUUUGGCCACAUUUCUUCCUAAAAGUAAAGCCGAAAAUGAAAAUAUUAAUACAGAUUGGGACAGCAAACCAGAAACAUUUUUGGAGGUAACUUUCAAUCUGAACAAUUUUGAUAUCAGUGACAGUGAGGAAGAAUCACAAAACAACAUCUUUUCUCUGAGUUCUGAACAUUGGCUAAAGAAAAUAACAUCUGAGGACAAAAUGUGUGCUGAAAGGAAAUUCAUUGAUAGGAAUUAUAAUAAAAAAUAUGACAAUGAACAUUCUUCACAUUUGAUAACUGAUUCUAGUCUUCCAGCAAAAUAUCCCAAUAAGAAAACUCUAUCUUCACAGAUUUGUACUGAAACUUCAGUAGAUUUUGACAGAAUCGGAAAAGCCAAUAAACAACUUACAGAAGUAUGCUGUUUCUCAGAUAUACAGGAACCCUUUAAUCUGAAUCAAGAUUCUACUCAACAGUGUUCUUCCUUGAAAGAUAAAGAAGAAAAUUCUUUUAUAGCUCUUAUAUCUAAGGAAAAAGAGAGGAAGUUCUGUAAACCUAAGGGAGUUGAAUUUCAGGGGCACCAAGUGCCAGGAUCAGCUUCUAGUGAGGUAAUGAUCAGAAGAUCCAGUUCUCAGAUGGAGUGGAAUCAAUAUCCAGAUAGUGUGGAAUACAAGAGCUUCACACAAGGACCUUGCUUUUUGACACCAAAGUUGCCUAGUAGUUGUAUGAUGACUGACUUCUUACAGCCCUCAGAUGGAGAAAACUUUUUGGAAGAAGGUCUAAGCUUCAGAGAAAAAGAGGAUUUUCAGAUGUCAACUGACUUUAUUAAGGACCCAAAUGAAAAUAAUACUUUUUUGGAUUUCCCUUUUACUGAUUCUGGCAAUACUGUGUCAUCUUAUUCUUUGGACCACAAUUUGAAAUUAUCAGAAGGGUCCUCAUGGGAAAUAAAUAAGAUGAUAUCACCAGUACAAAGGACACUGACCCCAGACUCUACCUUUCCUUUGAGCCUGAGAAAUGAAGAAAUUAUGAUAAACUUACCUGAGUCUCUGAAAGCAAGAACUUCAUCUGGAGUGGAAAUAUUCAAUUGUUCAGAAGAAGACAAUGUCCAAAGACUUCAUAGAGCUCAGGAGAUAAAUACCAGCACAUUGUCAUUUCCCAGUGGAACAAGAUCAAAAUAUGCUUGUGUCCCCAAAAGACAGAUUCACAUACCUGCUCAUUUUCAGUCACCUGCUCAGUACAAACAGAUUUUUAUAACCUCUCUGAUAGAACAUCUAAAUAUAUUACUGUUUGAAGUAUCCAGAAGAUUGCACCAUGCUCUUUGGAAAGUUAACACAUCUUUUUAUACAUCAAUGAAAAUAGAGAAAGAAAAAAACAUAGAAAACAGCACACCAACCUGUCAUCAUCAACAGCAUGCAAAGCUUGUCAUGGUUAAAAAGGAAGGUCCAAAUAAGGGUCGUCUCUUUUACACUUGUGGUGCAUCAAAAGUCAACCAAUGUAAAUUUUUUAAGUGGUUUGAAGAAAUAACCCCAGAUAAUUUGACACAGGCAGAAUCUGUACCCUGCAUUGUGUUACAUGAUAUAAAGAGUAUUGGAAUAUACUUAAGAUGCCAAAACAUACCCCUCUAUGAGGAGUGUCAGCUUUUGGUGAGGAAACGAUUUAAUUUUCAAAGUAAACAGUGUGGCAAAUCAAAAAGAUUUGCUCAUAUAAAUCCUGAAUUUCUUAGUGAAUCUAAAAGUAAACUUUAUCUUAAACUGAGUAGGAGAGAAAAUUCUUCUACCUAUGGGAAAGAUGACCUCUGGGUAAUUUCAAAAACUCUAGACUUUGAGCUGGAUACUUUCAUUGCUUGUAGUGUUUUUUUUGGACCGUCAUCAUACAAUGAAGUAGAGCUCUUGCCUCUGAAAGGCUAUUUCCCUUCAAAUUGGCCAUCUGACACGCUGGUUCAUGCUUUACUAGUAUGUAAUGCUAGCACAGAGCUGACAACUUUGAGAAACUUGCAAGAAUACUUCAAUCCAACUACUGUACCUAUAAUGCAGCACCUGUUAACAAUAUCUUCUCAUACUGAAUACAGCAAUAACAGAAUCAAUAAAAGAAAGUUUAUUCCACCAGCCUUGAAUAGGAUUACUAACAAGAACUGUGAACUACUCAGCUCUGAAGCAGCAUUGCAGCUAGCUAAUGAGAUAAUUCAGAUAUAUAAGUUAAACAUGGAUCAGGCCACAGCUCUUAUUCAGAUAACACUGAUGAUGACAUCACAUGAAAAUGAUAAUGACCCUCAAGAGCAGCAUACCCUUCCUAUCACAAUCAUACAUGGUGUUUUUGGAGCAGGGAAGAGUUACUUACUCGCAGUAGUGAUAUUAUUCCUUGUGCAGCUCUUUGAAAAUAGUCCAGCUCCGCGAGAUGUAGAUGCAAGGCCAUGGAAAAUUCUAAUUUCUUCUUCCACCAAUGUUGCUGUAGAUCGAAUACUUCUUGGACUACUCAAUCUUGGAUUUGAAAAUUUUAUCAGAGUUGGAAGCAUUAGAAAGAUUUCCAAGCCAAUUCUACCUUACAGUUUGCAUGCUGGCUUAGGAAAUGAAAAUGAUCAAUUAAAGGAGCUGCAUGCACUGAUGAAAGAAGACCUGACAGUUGUAGAAAAAAUAUAUGUGAGAAAAAGCAUCGAACAACAUAAAUUGGGCACCAAUAGAGCUUUGCUGAAAAAGGUAUUAGUAGUUGGAAUAACCUGUGCAGCUUGCCCAUUCCCAUGCAUGAAUAAUCUUAAAUUUCCAAUAGUUGUAUUGGAUGAAUGCAGUCAGAUGACAGAACCUGCUUCACUCUUGCCCAUUGCAAGGUUUAAUUGUGAAAAGCUAGUUCUUGUUGGAGAUCCCAAGCAACUACCUCCUACCAUUCAGGGUUCUGAAAGUGUUCAUGAUAGUGGUUUGGAACAGACUCUUUUUGACCGGCUUUGUUUAAUGGGUCACAAAGCAAUUCUAUUGAGAACUCAGUACCGUUGUCACCCUGCUAUUAGUGCUAUAGCAAAUGAUCUCUUCUAUGAAGGAAAUUUAAUAAAUGGCAUUUCCGAAAUAGAGAGGAGCCCUUUAUUGGAAUGGUUGCCAACUCUGUGUUUCUAUAAUGUCAAAGGAAUUGAACAGAUUGAGAAAGAGAGCUUCCAAAAUGUGGCAGAAGCUGCUUUUACACUCAAACUUAUUCAAUCACUGAUUGCAAGUGGAAUAAAAGGAUCCAUGAUUGGGGUGAUAACAUUAUACAAGUCACAGAUGUACAAGCUCUGCACUCUAUUUAGUACUACACAUUGUGACUAUCCUAACCUCAGAGCUGUCCAGGUGUCCACCGUUGAUGCCUUUCAGGGAGCAGAGAAGGAGAUAAUCAUCCUGUCUUGUGUGAGGACAAAACAAGUUGGCUUCAUUGACUCAAAAAAAAGAAUGAAUGUUGCCCUGACAAGAGGGAAAAGGCAUUUGUUGAUUGUGGGGAAUUUGGACUGUUUGAAGAAAAAUAGACUAUGGAGAAAAGUGAUCCAACACUGUGAAGAGCAAGAAAAUGGAUUACAGCAUUCAAGUCAGUGUGAGCCAGACCUGAACCUCCUUCUUAAAAGAUAUUUGGAGAAAAAGAAAAAAGUAAAAAAAGAGAAUUCUAAAAACAAAUCUUUUUAACAAAAAGAUGUGAUAUAAUCUGCUAUUUAUGUGAAUUAAAAAACAUUUGAUAACAAUUUUUUUAUUAUUAGAAAAUUUUGAAUACAGAAAAUGUUAGUCUACUCUCCUUAUUUUUUCCCACACUGCUUAUAAUGUUCCUUUAAAUGAGAGGCAAAUAUAAAUAAACAUAUGUUUUAAAUAAA